AUGUCGACCACGCACGGCUCCGACUUGGAGAAGAGCUACUCGCCCUCGGCACCCGACGCAGAGCUCGGCGGCGCAGUGCUUCGCUCCGACAGCGAGGUCGAGAAGGACGGCGGCAACAUCCUCCUCGUCGUCGACGACGCAGCCGCAGCGGGGCUCAAGGUCGCUCAGGACGGCAAGACUGUCCUCGUUCCUCAACCUUCGGACGACCCUCGCGACCCGCUCAACUGGCGCGAGAGCAAGAAGUUCACGAUCCUCCUCGUCGUCGCGUUUGCCGCCUUCUUGGGCGACUUCCAGUCGGGUGCCGGUAUUCCGCUGCUCGAGGCGCAGGGCGAGGAGUGGGGCAUGACGCCGAACGAGGUCAACAAGGCGGGCAACCUCAACGUUCUCUUCCUCGGCAUUGGCGGCCUCGUCUGGAUCCCGCCGCUCUACUUCUGGGGCCGCCUUCCCGUCCUCUUCUGGACCCAGCUCCUCGGCACCCUCAUGAUCCUUGGCUCGGUCCUCGUCACGUCGUUCGACCAGUACUACGUCCUGCGGCCCCUCACGUCGCUCUUCCUCACGGCCGGCCAGACGAUCGGUCUCACGUUCGUCAAGGACAUGUACUUCUUCCACCAGCACGCGCGCAAGAUCGGCCUCUGGGUCGGCAUCUUCCUGUCGGCGCCGUACUGCGGUCCGUUUUUCGGCGGCUGGAUGGUCGACGGCCUUGGCGGCGAGUGGCGCCCGGUACUCUGGCUCGUCUUUGCGUGCUCGGCAACGGUCCUCGCUCUCGUCGUCUUGUUCGUCGACGAGACGUGGUACGACCGGUCGCUCAAGGUCCACCCCGAGCGUCGCGACGGCGUCGUCGGUCGCGUCCUCGACCUAUCGGGCGUCACGGCCUUCCGCCAGCGCGCCCUCAAGCCCAACGCGCUCCCGUCCAUCAUGCGUCUCGUCGAGGUCUUUGCCAAGCCCGUGUGCUGGAUCGUCUUCCUCAUCUACGCCCUGUCGUUCAUGUGGGCCGUCGGCAUCAACGUAACGUCGAGCAUCAUCUUUGGCCUGCCAGAGGCCAUUGGCGGCUACGGGUUCUCGCUCACCACGAUCUCGUACCUCUACUUUACGCCCCUCGUGGCCCUCUUCAUCGGCGAGGUGUUUGGGCACUACGCCAACGACUGGAUCGCCGCUCGCUACGUGCGCCGCCACAACGGCCUGUUCCGCCCCGAGGCGCGCCUCCCGAUUUACUUCCUCGCCGUCGCCGUCAUGAUCCCGGGCCUCAUCAUCGUCGGCCAGGCGCUCGAGCACCACCUCAACGUCGCCGCUAUCGUCGUCGGCUGGGGCCUGUACGUCGUCGGUGUCAUGAUCGCGUCGGUCGCCAUCACGGCGUACGCGCUCGACUUUCUGCCCUCGGCGUCGGGCGAGGUGUCGGCGCUCGUCAAUCUGGCACGCACGAUGUCGGGAUUUUCAGUCGGGUACUUCCAACUUGACUGGGCAGAGUCUGCCGGGUUCGACGUGUCGUUUGGGAUCCAGGCGGCCAUCGUCGGCGGCGCGACAUUCCUCGUCGUCGUGCUCAUUUUCUUCGGCGAGCGCCUCCGCAAGCUCGGCGGCCCGCUUCACUUUGCCGCGCACCAAUAGGGCGUGAGCUUUCCUCUCGCAUCCCCUUUCCUCUCAACGAGGUGCCUCUCAACGAGGCCAUGCACCCCCCUUCCUCCCUCUCAGCAGCAGUUUGUCGGUCAUUUGUUGUCAUCCCCUCCCUCCUAGCUUUUCCAGGUCUAUUCCCCCGGGUCUCCCUCAUCGUCGUUCUCUCCUCAGAUGUCGUCACACUGCUUGUAGCCAUUAGAUCUAUCGAGCCCUCUUCAACGGAGGGCACAAGGCCUUGCAAACUCAACUGUUGCAGCCGC